CAGAUAACUCAGCACCUCCGUUCUUGGUUGCAUACAAAAAAUGGCAGCUCCCGAGGAGGUGACUUUUAUGGAAGAGUUCUCUGCAAAAGAGAGUGCAGUAGCCGGAGAAAAUGCAGCUUCACUACACAGAAGUGGCAAUUCGCCUGCUGUCGUAUCUGAUGAGUGUGAAAUGCUGAGCAUUGUAAUCCACCGGGAAGCAAGUUCCUGCCCUCCUGAUACUACAGACCAGUGGUUGCAAUCCAUGAUGAAGGAUGGGUCUACAAGCAAUAAAAAACAAAAGCCCAGGAUACAGAAGGUCCCGAGGAUGCUGCGCAAGAUCGAAUCCAACGAGAAUUGCUACGAACCGCAGGUGGUUUCAAUUGGUCCUUACCACCAUGGGAAGCUGGAGCUCGAAGCAGUGGAGAAGCUCAAGGUUCCAAUGGCACGAGAUUACAUCCAAAGCUGUAAUACCAGUAAGUUGUCAGUUCGUGAGAUGUAUGACAAGGUUGCAGCGGUGGCGGUUGAAGCAAGGCAGUGCUAUGCGAAGGACGCAACAGAAGGCCUGGACGAUGAGGCCUUUGCUCAGAUGAUGUUCCUGGACGGCUGCUUCAUUCUCCAGUUCAUUUAUUGUUAUGAAGAAAACAAGCAUGCAGAAAUGAAGAUGAGAAGCCUGGACAUUGCUUUCGUGCGGCGGGACUUGUUCUUGUUGGAGAAUCAACUCCCUUUUCUGGUCCUCAAGGAGCUGGUGAGCUUGAGGUUUGAACAAAAAGAGGGGAUAAAUAAGAUCAACAGUUUCAUUGAGCAUACGAGGGCACUCCCCCCUCCGGGAAAGCCUGGAUGGAGACAGAGAAUUGAAAAUUGCAUCGACGACUGUAACUUCUUAAAAAAGCCUCUGGAAAACAGCAAAAAUCAGCCCGUAGAUGAAGAAGGACCAGCUCACCUACUUGACCUACUACGGGCUCAACUCAUCAACUUGCCGGAUAAAAAAAUUGCUACCAAGUCAAUUAGUAGAAGCAGUUUGUGGCACUCAUAUCGAUCAGUAAAGGAGCUGAAGACGGCGGGAAUCAAAUUUAGGCCCAGCAAUACACAGUGUUACACAGACAUCAGGUUUGAGCAGGGUUGCGUGGAAGGAUUUGUCAAACUCCCUCCAGUUACUGUAGAUGACUCAACCAAGUCCACUCUUCUGAACUUGGUAGCCUACGAGGCAUGCCCUGAUGCCCCUGAUGACUUGGGGGUCACCUCUUACAUAUGCUUCAUGGAUUCACUGAUUGAUCAUGCAGAGGACGUGAAGGAGCUGCGAUCCAAGGGCAUACUCUUGAACUUCCUGGGCAGCGACCAGCAGGUGGCUGAUCUGUUCAACGAGAUAGCCAACGAUUUGGUGGACAAUCCUGAGCUUCACAAGGAAGUCAAGACGCAGAUUGAGGAACAUCACAAGAACAAGAUGAGAGUAUGGAUAAAGGAGGGGCUGCACACCCAUUUCAGUAGCCCUUGGACUGUUCUGGCUUUCUUGGGUGCUAUUGUUGCAAUUGUUCUGACUUCUGUUCAAACUUACUAUGCAGUCUUCCCUCAGAAGUAAUGCUACUAACGGUUUUCGGAAUUAAAUAAGGUGAAACUAAAAUGCAAUAAAAAUUAAAUGGAGAAUGUGUAGAAAUCAGGUAAGAAAUUCAAUCACUCUAAUGCUUUCUUACAUACCAAACAUGCACCAAAUCUUUUGUCAUGGGGAUAACUCGAGGCUCUUGGUUGUAGACUUGUAGUUUGAUUUUUUUGCUGGUUUGUUUGUAUUACAUUUUGAGAUUGCUUCUACAACACAUAGUUUCAUUUUAUUUAUUAAGAUAAUGUAAUAAUUAUGUAUUGAAAAUUAUAAUAAACUCCCUUAGGAUAAAA